AUGAAAACACCUUCAAAAAAAAAGUCAUCUCUAAUUAAUGAUGAAGUUUUUACGUGUCAAACGUUAUGUGAUACUAGUGAUAAUGAGAAUUCUAUAAAUAAUUGUGAUGUGUCAUCACAAGUCAUCGAUGCUACAGAUAAAGGUAAAAUUUCAUUAUUGAUUAAGAGUGCUCCUGUAACUGGAGAAGUUGAGUUAUCACAUCGCUACCGGCCUGGAACUAUCGUAUGUCGAGAAAUUCGUCGUUAUCCGAAAAGUACUGAGUUACUUAUCCGUAAAUUGCCAUUCCAACGGCUUGUUCAUAAACUCGCUCAGGACUUCAAAACGGACUCGAGAUUCCAGAGCGCAGCUGUGAUAGCUCUUCAAGAAGCCAGCGAGGCAUACCUCGUUGGUCUUUUUGAAGAUACCAACUUGUGUGAUAUGCACGCAAAACUGGUGACCAUCAUGCCCAAGGCCAUUUAA